UAUUUCUGUGUUGCACAACAGUUAUAUGUGUUUCCUUCAACAUGUUUGGUGUUUCUGUUCAGCGGUGAAUGACAGUGAAGCUCUUCUUUAAGGUCUCCCCCCGCUGACCCUUCUCCAGGUGUGGACUGACUGCAGGUCCAGCCAUGCUGCUCCCCCUCCUGCUGCGUCAGUCCCUCCGCUGCCCUCCGGUGUUGUUGACAGGAAGCGCCCGGUGCCACACUCAGAGGACGCUGCACUCUCAGGCCGAGCACUUCCUGCGCCGGAAGCUUCCUCUGCGCUCCCACACUCAGAGCCGAGGCGUGAAGAGCCGGAGCAGGAAGUCCAAGAGCCAGGAGGAGGAUUGGAAAGCCAGGAACAAGACGGUGUUGACGUACAUCGCUGCUGCGGGCGUGGGAAUGAUCGGCCUAUCGUACGCCGCCGUGCCGCUCUACAGGCUCUACUGCCAGGCGUCGGGACUUGGCGGCACAGCGGUGGCCGGCCAUGACACAGAUCAGGUGGAGACGAUGAAGCCGGUGAAAGAACGCAUCAUCAAAGUCUCGUUCAACGCAGAUCGACACGCCAGCAUGCAGUGGAACUUCAAACCGCAGCAGACGGAGAUCUUUGUGGUUCCAGGUGAGACGGCGCUGGCUUUCUACAAAGCAAAGAACCCCACAGACAAACCCAUCAUCGGCAUCUCCACCUACAACGUGGUCCCCUUCGACGCCGGGCAGUACUUCAACAAGAUCCAGUGUUUCUGCUUCGAGGAGCAGCGACUGAACCCUCACGAGGAGGUCGACAUGCCCGUCUUCUUCUACAUCGACCCCGAGUUCGACGAGGACCCCCGCAUGGCCCGCGUGGACACCAUCAUCCUGUCCUACACCUUCUUCGAGGCCAAAGAGGGGCAGAAACUUCCUCUGCCCGGAUACAGCUACAACUGACCCGACAGGGGCGCCAUCAUCCUGAUCCCGGUCCCGAUCCCGAUCCUGAUCCCGGUCCCGGUCCCGAUCCCGAUCCUGAUCCUGAUCCCUACUAAAACUAAAAACUUAAGUUUUGUUGUUAAGUUAAAAUGCAAACGAAACCUUUGACUGUGAAGAACAUUUUUUGAGAUGACUUCCUGCUGUCCCACGUCAUCAGAGAUUCAGGACGUCUGGUCGUAGCCGAGAGAAUCAUCAGCAACAUUUAGCUCCUGGAUACCACAUGUUUUAAAACGACACAACCUCUAUUGACUUAAUGUUUGAUAUCGGGCUGUCAGCAAUCACAAUUAAUCUCAGUUUGUCCCUUCAGGCUCUCCGUAGAUAGCGGUCCUCAGUGUCUCCCUGUAGUCUCACUGCUGCAUCUCUGAAUGUCUCAUUUCACUUUCACAAACUCUCAGACAGUAAUAUCCACCUUAUGACAUCACACAUUGACCUUAUGACAUCACACAUUGACCUUUGACGUGGAUCAGAAUCGACCGUUUGACCUUCAGAGACUUGACUCUUCUCUUUAAAGGGCGCCGUGACUCGAGGGCGUUGAUCUGAGACUGAAGACUGUUUGUGUUUGACGCCCGAGAGACCGACUGAUUGGACUGAUUGAUUUGUUCAACACACUGAAGAUGAAUGAAUAUAAUAUAUUUAAAUCUGUAAUAAAGGUUUGAACACUCUGUUUUAUUUCUUUAAA